UAGAAAAGACUAGUUCUACUUCUCCGACUCUGAUGAGUGAUGACUGAUCCAUCGUAAUUCUUAAACCCUAAUUCGAAAUUUUUGUAUGGUAUAAUAGUUGGCGAUUCGACAAAUUUGGGGAAGAAAGCAUUAUUCUUACAAAUUUUGCAUAUAAUUUUGGUUCGGUCCUUGCUACAUACAGAGCACGAUGGAUUCACAAAGUCAGAACACCUCAUUACAACGGCUUCAGAAUGUUGAGAAGAGGAUAAUUACUGCUUUGGAGCUGACUGGAGGAGUGAUGGAGGAAUUGGCGAACCCUAGCGGCCCCAGAAAGGAUCUUAUUAACAAUCACUGCAGCGAGUUCAUGCAGCUCAUCAAGGACAUUCAGGUGACACUGCGAGAAGAAAUCAAAAGUGCCUGUGAGUAUCGCCCUUUUGAGAAGUGUGACUAUGUCCCAAGAAUAUCUAACGAAAUCUGUUCUCAAAAACUGGAACAUGUCAUUGCACAACUAGAUGAUAUGAAGCAAACAGCCAAAAACUAUCAUGGCACUGCUUGAACUUACUGAUACGUUUAUAGGCAAGCAAUACCAGAGAUGGAAAAGAAGGGAAGUUCUUGCAUGAUUAAGGAGAUGAAGACUUACUCAAAUAACUUAGUCCUCCUAUUUUUUUUUUAGAAAUUUUAACGUUACUUUCAUGCAUAUAUAAAAGCCACUGCAGGCUUGUUGUGGAGGCAUUGAGAAUUCUUGGGCUAAUGACAUUUUGGGAGAAGAAGAACUCCAGAACUCUUCAACGUUACUUUAUAAAUUUAUUCUUUAGUUUUCUGUUUCUACUCUUGAGUCUUGUCUACAAACAUAGGUUGACCUGCCACAUCCUCGUUACCUCCGGCUCGUCCCUCGAGUCCUGGACACCGGCUUGUGACACGAUCCCAAUCCUCUCGGCCUGUAACACUUACAUCUUCUAAAUCUUGUAGGUUUACACACACCUCUUGUGAGUGAGAGAACUGUUUUCAUCUUACUCUGAUUGAAUUUGUUUACAGAAUCAAUGGAAGAAUCCUUCUUUUGCCAACUUAUUGUGAAACUGUGAAAGUGCCUGAUGACUUGUUUUUAUGUUUUUUGCUUGAAAAGUUUGUGUCUUUAUCACUGUGUGAUCUUGGGGAGGUUAUAGCAAUAUAAGGUUAGCCCAUUGGGCCCAACUGUCCAAGCCCAUAGCAAUAUAAGGCUAUUGUAAUCUAUUUUUUAAUGAUAAUUUACAGUUUCCUAGGGAUUAUAUGACUUGAAAGUUCAAAUUUCAAAGCUAGACUUUGAAAGGUGAGAAUCCGGGAAAGAAGUUUUGAUAAUUUAUCAGACUGUGCCCUGCUGCCCUACAUAAGUGCUGACCCAAAAGUCUGCCAUGCACUGCUUCACAGGCUAGAGCCACCCAAUGUUAUCAACCCUUCAUUCUGCCCCCAAAAACAUCUCUUUUUAAACUUCCCAAACCCUAAACACUUCCCAUUCAUUUAUCUCUUUAGACAACUUCAAGUCUUCAACAUCUUCUCUCUCUCUCUCAUCAUCAUCAUCAUCAUCAGCCAUGAAGAAGCUAUACAGGAAGAACACAGUUCAUCCAUCUCCACCAUUGGUUUCAGACAAGCUAGCUUUCUUGCCAGCAGCAAUCUUAGCCAUCACUGCUGCUCUAUCCCCAGAAGACCAGGAAGCCUUGGCUUAUCUUAUCUCUUGCCCUUCUGGGAACUUCUCUGCCACCAGGACAACCACCACCUCCUCCUUCUCCGGCCACCCACCUUCCUCCAACUGCUACUGCUUCAACUGCUACAUGAGUUUCUGGGUGAGGUGGGAUUCCUCCCCUAACCGCCAGCUCAUACACCAAGUCAUAGAUGCUUAUGAAGAUGGGCUGCAGAGCAAGAAAGAGAAGAGCAGGAGAGAAAGAAGGAAGGGUAAUAAAGAUUGUGGCAGUGGGUCUGGGAGUGAGUUGAAGAAGAAGCUUGAGGUGGGUCUAAAUGAGGAUGAAUCCGGUGAGUCAGUCCCGGCAGCGGAGGAGAGCCCUGUCAGCACCACCACCCAUGGCGGCGAAGAAGAAGAAGAUGGUUAUGGUGAGGAGAGAGGUGCUGUUAGGAGAUUUGUGAGCUUUCUUGGAGAAAGAAUCUGGGGUGUUUGGGCCUGAAGAUUUCUCUCUUAGUGCCAUGGUGAUCUCCUUCUUCUUCUUCUUCUUCUUCUUCUUAUUCCCUUUUUUAGGGUGUCUGUAAAAUACCCUUUCACCCAGUGUAAAAUAUACCCUGUUUUUAAUCAUCACCAUUUUAGUCCUUUCAUGAUUUCAUCCAUCUCCUGUUACUG